AUCCUCUGUGUGCUUAUGUGGAGUACAUCUCAUUGUCUCGUUAAUCAUGGCCAUCGAAAAAUUAUAUAAACGGUCAUGAUCAUCUUUCCCUGCUUUUUACACGUACUUUUGAGUUUUGACUAUAUAUGUGUGUGUGUGUCUUCUUCUUUUUUUUCUUUCUUUUUUUCUUUUCUUUCUAAUAACUUUAAGGGCUGCAAAGCUGAAUGAAUAUUUGUGGGGAUGCUGCAUGUAUAUAUAUGUAAGAAAAUUGAUAUGUAUAGAGAGAGAAUAUGCUUUUGGAGUGCAUAAAGUCACGCUUUCCCAUUCCACGCGUGAACUCACUUGCAUUUGGAUUUCAAAACCCAAUGUUAUCUUAGUCAAUUUAAAGAACCUUCUUAAUCCUAAAAUAACCCAUAUCCAAGAGAAGCUAGCUCUCUUAUAUAGAGUUCUUGUUAUCUUCACCAGAGCAGUCUCUAACAUACACAUUACACAAUUUCAUAUAUACUUUUGAGCUAUGUCUGUGGUGGAGGUGAGAGUUCCAAACCUGGAUUGCGAAGGAUGUGCUUCAAAGCUAAAGAAAGCCAUUUAUAAGCUCAAAGGGGUUGAAGAAGUAGACAUAGAAAUGGAGACACAGAAGAUCACAGUGAGAGGGUACGCGUUGGACGAAAAGAAGGUGCUCAAGGCGAUUAAGCGCACCGGAAAAGCAGCAGAGCUGUGGCCAUAUCCAGGAGGGUACUCUCAUUUUGCUUCAUUUUACAAGUAUCCAUCUCACAUUGUCAACCACUAUUAUGAAACACACACAAAUGGAGCUGCUGCUAAUGUUCAUACCUUUUUCCACACCCCUGCUGUUUACUCUCUUGCUGUGGCGUCCGAUGAGGCCUUUGCUUCGCUUUUCAGCGACGAAAAUCCUCAUGCAUGCACUAUCAUGUGAUCAGACGACAUUCGAGCAUUUUAAUUUCAUGUAAUUCAAAAUCAAAUUUUGUGAGGAGGGUUGUACUGCAUGCUUGUUUGAUUGUUGUUGAUGGGCUAGUACUACAUCAUUUUUCUUUUCUUUUUUUGGCACAAUGUGUUUGUCAUAUUACAGAGUUAUUGAGGUUAAUUUUGAUAAUGCUGAGUUUGAUUAAUAUUUUCCACACAUCAUAACAGAGGCCUUGGGAGCU